AUGUCUGAGCAAGUCAGCGAACUGCGCAACCUCUAUGAGAACUGCCUGAGGAUCCGGAGCAAUACCGUAGAGCAGGUCCGAACACUCCAGGGGAACGUGAACGAGAUCGUCAAUAGCAUCGAGGAAUACUCGAAGUUCUGGGGCUCCGCAGUGGACGUCUUGGAUCGACUUCUGCCCUCGCCGGAGGCCCCACAACACGCGGAGUUGCUCGAACUCAAAACCCAGCUGCACGCCCGGGACGUCACCAUUCGGAUCCAGGAGAACCAACUCCAACAGCAAGAUGUGCUGCUCCAAUCGCAGGUUGUCCUUCUCGAAGCCCAGGAAACCGUCCUGGCCGUUUCACGCGAUGCUGGCCAGCGGGCAACCGCGCAGGCGAGGGAGGCUGAAAUGGAGCUGGCGUUGCUCCGGAGCUGCGCCGGGUCGACUCCUGACACGGACAGGAGAAUCCGGCAGCUAUUGUGUCAGACCAGGGCGUUGCAGCGCCGCAACAAGGAACUCAACGCUCGAGUCCAGGACAUAACGACCGAGUUGGAAAAGGCCCAGAACGUCCAGGUCGGCCACGACGUAUGCCCCUCGUGUGCAGAGAAGCAAGCCGCGGUCGAACACUCCGGCGACAUGAAGCAGGAAGAGGCCGACUACACCUUGGAUACCAAACCGGCCUUGGCUACUAUGUAG